AUGGUAUUCAAGGAAUCUGACGAAAUGGCCCAGUUGAAGCAACAACAAGUGGAAACCGAAUUCGAACUAUUUCGCAAGUUUGCAAAAAUAGUGGAUCCAAAAGGAAAUUGGGACAACAUCACUGUGGGCGGGGUCAUGAAUUUCAUGGGUCGCGGUCGCCGCAAUAGAAGAGUAUGCAACUCCAAAUGUGUCAACAGCAGGAAACUUGUGACACUUUAA